AUACGGACGACUGCGACGACGACGAGAAAGAGGACGACGAGCGCGACGCGUUUUAUCAGCGUCUCUCGCUCGUCGCUGCUGACUCAGCCGGAUCUCACGCGGAGGGAAAAGUGGCGCGCGAGAGGGUGCACGAAGAAAGAAGGAGAGAGAGAGAGAGAGAGAGAGAGAGAAAGAGAGAGAGAGAGAGGGAAAGAGCGUCGCAGGAGGCUGUGAGAGGCGCACCGGCUGAGCUGCUGGUGUACACGCGAUCAGGAUGCGACCGAGGAGUGACACGAUUACAUCGAUCGUAUACCAAGAUCCUCGAAGACACGACCUCGAUAUCGAGGACUCAUUAGCCUAAGGACCCUCCCUAAGUAACAUCCCUCUCCGGGGGGCGCGGAGUGACCUCAGGAAGGAGACACGUAACGAAGAGAAGAAGGCAGAGAGACGCGCAGAGACGCCACCAGGAGUGGGGCCGGUGCAAAACUUGGCGGAGGGCCCGGUACUUGGCAGCGAGAAGAUCGCGAAGAAGGUGAAGGGUAAAAGCAUCUAAGGGCGGGUGAGGGGAUGCAGCUCGAAAGGGUGGCGGCAUGGAGGAGCCCUCGUUGGAGGCUCUCAUGCAGGCGGGCCUUAUCUUCGUGGUCGGCGUCGCCAUCAUCCUCUCGAAUCUCCUCAUCAUCGCCACCUACCUCAACUUCCGCGGUCCCUCCGAGGUGAUAAACUACUACUUGCUAUCGCUCGCCUCUGCAGAUCUUCUCUGUGGUCUGUUGGUGGUACCGCUCUCGGUGUAUCCGGCAUUGGUGCGAAGAUGGGUCUACGGAGACAUCGUGUGUCGACUGGUCGGUUACCUGGAGGUGACGCUCUGGGCGGUAUCGGUGUACACCUUUAUGUGGAUCUCCGUGGAUCGAUAUCUGGCUAUCAGGAAACCGCUGAGGUACGAGACGGUACAGACGAAAACUCGAUGCCAAUGUUGGAUGGUCUUCACGUGGAUCAGCGUGGCGAUGAUGUGCUGCCCACCCUUGCUCGGCUUCAACAAGCCGAUCUUCGAUCGCGAGGCCUUCAUCUGCAUGCUCGACUGGGGCAACAUGGCCGCGUACACCAUCACGCUGUCCAUCCUCGUGCUGGGACCGUCGGUCAUCACCAUCGUCUACACGUACUCCUACAUCUUCUCCAUGAUGAGGCGAUUAAGGUCCGGCGUACUGAUUCACGACAAGGAGUAUGCCACCGCGCUGUCGGAAAAUCUCAGCAACCCGAGUCAUAUCAUGUCCUUUGUCCUCGUGCUGACCUUCUGGGUGUCAUGGGCGCCGUACGCCGGGGUAAGGAUAUACGGGCUCCUUAACGGACCUCCCGAGGUCCGAUUUCUACACUUCUCCGUGGUGUGGCUGGGGGUUGCGAAUAGCUUCUGGAAGGCGGUCGUCCUCAGCACUCUGAGUCCCCAGUUCCGGCUGGCCGCGCGAGUGCUCUGCCUCACCCUGUUCUGUCGGCACAGGCGGCUUCCGCCGGAACUCCUCGGCCUCGACGACGACGACUAACGCAACAUCGACUACGUCUAUACGAGCAGCAGCGCUUCUCCACCUUACGUUCUACUACUUUUACCGCGGCGCCUACCUUAGAGCGUCGCUUUUGUCUCUUCUAUUUAAGGAUCGUUCUCGCGUCUCGGCGCAGCCCGCAGCGCGACUCCUUCCUCCGUGACCUCGCGCUCGCGGUCACACGAGCGCGACGUCGGCCUCCGAUCCGCUGAUUCGAAGAUGGAAGGAACUCGAGGGGAAAGACGCAGAGAUACGUCGGACGACGAGAUCGAGGAGAUCUACCGCUGCGAUGUCGUCUUGCAUUUCGCGCGUUUCUCUCCCGGCGAAGCUCCAAACUCGCGAAUAUUUUGUCCACUUGCUACGACUACGAGAAUUGUUCGAAGCAGUCUGUCUGAGCAGUCGGCCUCUCGUUGCCUCUGGUCGCCGUGACGAAGACAUAUCAGCAUCGCGCGACGCGACGCGCCGCGCAGCGCGAAGUGAACACGCGCGGACGGAGACGCGCGGCAAGCUGCUCCCCGAGAAUUUUGCGAGACGCGUUGCUGGCGGAACUCGGCGACUCCGCCGAUGCGCGUCCAUUUCUCUUAAAGAACAAAAAAAAAAGAAAAAAAAUUUAUUCUCGCUUCGCUCAAACACGCUAGAGUCCGUUAAUUAGAGUCUCGUUUAAGCCGGGACGAAUUUCUGCGUCGUCGCACGUGAGACAAAACGAAGAAACGAUGUGUGUCGCUCCGCGGUAUUUGAGAAACUAAUCGUCGCCUAGUCUACGUCGUAAGAACCACGCUCAAUAAGUGUCGUAGCGUAUUAUGCGAAAAAAAAAGAAAGAAGAAAAAACAAAAAGCAAAGCAAAACGAAAGAGAAGGUAGGAACAAACGAGAGUUACUAACGAUUGUCGCGCGAGCGGGCCGCAGAUACAAAAUCGUCAAACCGAUAUAUAUAUAUAUAUAUAUAUCCAUUGAAUGAAACGACAUUACGCCGGAAUUACAGUGCAGGGAGAGAAAUCUAGUCAAUUAACGGAGAUGCCUCUACGAAUGUGACGCGUCGUCGGCGACGAGGUCUGCGUCGUCGAAGUGUCGUCGUGCCCGUAGAACGCCCUCGGACAGAUGCAAGAAUCGAGUGCCGAGAGCGUGCCAGUGUUUACGCCCUUUUUUUAACGCUCUUCCUCUCUCACACCCGUGACGCGGCCGGCUCUCCCUUUCUUGCGCGCGUCUUCUCUUUCUCACUCAAGGCUGGUACUCGCCAGCUCGACCGGAAAGAGAAGGCGCGUGUGUGCGCGUAUGUGUCCUCUUUUCGAGAUCUAGCUGGGCUCUCGUUAGCUUCCUCGACGUGCUGGGUCGAUAGGAUCAACUAUCCUUCCUCCUCCCACCUCCCCCCUCUCCCCCUCCCCCCAACGAUCAAAUCAAAAUGUCGUCGUUUAAUCUAAUUCUUAAUCCAGAUCACGCGAGUUUUGCGGGCCGAUCCUGACUCGGCGCCCGCUGUAAAAGCUUUAUUACUAAUCUUGUACAAAGCGCUACAAACAAAAAUCGGCUAGUUGCGACUUUUUUGCAUGAAAGCGUAAACUAUUGCGUCCAAUUUUCGCACGUCUACGUGAACUAUGACGACUCGAGGCGCAAUUUCGAACGAGAGCUACGUACUGGGAUAGUAUUCGAGCGGCGGGAAAUUUUGCCGCAGCUGGAACCGGAGUCGAAAUACUUGAGGAAGAUGCAAGAUGACGAGAGAGAGAGAGAGAGAGAGAGAGAGAGAGAGAGAAUAUAUGUGUCGGAGGUAUGGGUGUAAAGUGGCUUGGCGAAAUAAUCUUGAAGAAUGCGCGAUGUCUGUAUACGCGAAGAAAAACGGACCCUUCGACCGAAAUUAGAUUCACGACGGUUGCGCAAUCAACAAAUGCAGUUGCAGGGCGCAGACUUGCUAAUUCGCCUCUUUUGACGUGAAAAAUCCCGAUCUUCUUGCGAUUUGUCAAAUUGCAGCUUGCUGCAAUGAAGAUUGCGACGACACGCGGCAUACGCGCGUGUACGUUUAAUGUAAUAUUAACUCGAUUGGUAUUAAUUGGGUAAACUUUUGGAAUAGCGGAAUAGUGGUUUUCAGAGCGCAAUACAGCUUCCUCGUCUGUGUCGAAGGGUUCGGGCGACUAGCGGACGUGAUCAGGAUUCGCGGAGCCUGUUACGAACAACAGUUAGAACGCUGGAGUCAAGCGUCAAGCUGGCUGGACCGCCGCGUAACGCCGGCAAGAUGAAAAGGGAAGAGUGCGAUGUUUGCCAAUGUUUGCUCGUUAUUAUUAUACGCUCCUGAGUAGUGCUCGCGUGGAUGUGUGGGCGCGUCCCGGUGUUUUUUUCAACGACGGACUUAUUAACUCCGCAGAAACGAGAAUCAGUAACGCGAGAAAUCGAUGUCUAGCAUGAAAAAAAAAAAAAGAAAAAUCUCUCAGCUUCUAUUUUUUACUCUAGACACUGUAACACGUUUCAAUCGAGGGUGUAACACUUUUCAACUCUAAGGAAAACUGUCCCGAUGGGAGCGCUUGGACGCUGUUUAAUUCGCGGCAUUUUUUCAACGCGGGGCCGCAGGGGCGCGCAGCCGCUCCUCCCGCGGAUGACGCUCCAUCACGACGCUGUAUUACGAUGUCUUGCCUAUCACAACGGAAUCAAACAAGAGCAAAAGAAAAAAAGAAACUAUCGACUGUCUCCUAGUUCGAGCGUUAGCUAUGUAAAUCGCAAACCCGGCUAAAAAAAGCAACGUAACGCAGGUUCGAUCGCAAUUUGAGUGAGAACAUUUCGGGGGAAUGUUCGAGGAUCUCGCGAGAGAUCCGACGAGAGAAAGGCCAUUACGACUUCGUCGUACGUUCUUCUUUUCGUACAUCACCGGAAAUUGUUACACGUGUUGUUAUUGUCAGUACAAUGAGUAACGGCGACCAGUAAUCGCGUUGACCACAAGACGCACCAUCGUUCCUCGAGUCAGCUCGACGGCGAAGGCACGCGCGGCUUCGCGCAACGGCAUUACUUAUUGCGCUGGGAAUAAUGAAAAUAAAAACAAAUCAAAGUAA